GAAAAUAAACCUUGCAUAUUCAUAAUUACAGUUAAAUGGAACAGUUGUCCCAGCUGGUGAUAGGAGGAGGUGAUGAGUACCUCGUACCUGAGCCCAUUAAUCAGGUACCAGUAAAGCGACUAUUCGAUUUUCAGACAGGGAAACUAAAAGAAUCCAUGAAAUUACCAAAAGACUUUGAGCUAGACGACAGCGAAAUCCUAUUCAAAAUUAAAUUAAUAGCCGUCAACUACGGCAGAGACUUUGAGCUUAUGAAGCAGUAUAACACAGAAACCAGUACUCUGGGAGGUCGGAUUCUACCGUCCAAUAUCGUUCCGUGCAAUAAAUUUAUUGGUAAGAUCUAUGCCAGUAACGAUGUGAACUUAGACUUCGAGUUGGACAACUCAAAAUUCCUUGUGUUUCCUCAUACUACUUGUAUUCAACAAGGUUUCCCUACAUUAUGCAAGAACUGUACCCACUAUUUGUCGUCACAUAGGUCGGCAGUCGGUACAUCAAGCUUUUUGCCUUGUUUGGCCAGAUUCGAAUUUGGGUAUAAUGUUGAUGGGGGUUUACAAGAUUUUAUCAAGAUCAAAAAUAGUCUGGAAAUAUUGAUCAAAGUCCCCGAUAAUGUCAGUACACAUGAUGCAGCUCUCUCAUUGGACAUCCUGUUGCCAUUCUAUAGCUACUUCAAGUGGCUUCAAAAUAGUGGUAAUUAUAAUCCUACUGACAAAAUACUAUUGGUACUCAGUGACUCGAGAAAGGAGAUGAAUGAUGUGCUCGUAGUAUUCAAAAUGCUUCAACUAAUAGAGAAAAACGUCACAAUUAUAGAUGCUCCCCAGAUUAAAGCUAUGACGCCAAGCGAAGAAAACACCUUUCUGUCCCACUUUAAUAUGGUGUUGACGUUUGAUUUCAAUCAUAGAGUGUUGAAUUUUUGCUUCAAUAGUAUCAUUUCCACCGGUCUUGAGUCCACUAAGUCUCGGUACCGGUUUGUCAUGUUUAACCAAUACUUUCCGGUGGAUUUUUCCAACUACAAGCAGUUUGAUUUAACUGAUAAGGUCAUUACCGAGUUUAAAUUGAAUUGGUUUCAUAAAUUUGACCUUAUUGACUUGCUCUCAUAUUUGUCUAGUUUGAACAAUUCCACUCCUCGCAAGAGUUUAAGUUCGGUUGAAGAUUCGACGACGAAAAGCCCUACCAAAAGCGUUUUUUCCGAUGCUUCUACAACACUGGAAACCACGUCGUCUUCAACCAAAGGAAAAACUGAAGAAGACUACCAUAAUAAUCGUUUUGUCAAACUGCACGAAAUAAAUGAGCUUUUGUCACUACCAUCAAAAGUACAUUGGCUUUAUUAUGAAAAAGAUGUGGACUUGGCCAACGAAUUUCAAAAAACAGACAACUCUCACUCUACGAGGCAUAUCAAUAAACUAAUGAAGCUGAACAAAAAUGUCAAAAUAUGCUAUAACAAUAGACCCAACAAGAGCAAAGUCAACGCUUUCAUCUUGUAACUUGUAAAUUAUUGUAUUAUAAUUAUGAAAUAUGUAUGUAUAGAACUGUGGUGUUUUAAUACACAUGCAAUAUAAAUAUUACUUGCUCAAAUCGUGAAUGCUAUCUUUGACAACAUCUUUCAAUUUCACUAAAUUGAGGAAUCUCAAUUUUUCAUCUUGUAAAUGGGCAUUAUCACUUGAUUGGCCACAAGGAAUUUGACAUGCUGGGGCAUUCAAUGUUUUCUCCAAGAACCUAAUACUUGGGAUAGAUCCACCUUCACGGAUUAGCAAAGGUUCAAUUUCCCAAUUCUUUUGUAAGUUUGCAUACAAAACCUUGUAGAAUGUGUUUUCAACAUCACCUAACCAAGGCUCAACUUCGUGGCUUAUAGAAAUGUCAAUUUUAUUUGUGGAAUUCAACUUGGUGAAAUUGUCGGUCAAGAAGUUGAUUAGACUAUCUUUUAUUUGGUUGACUUCUUGAUUUGGCACGAUUCUCAUCGACACUGAAGCUGUGGCAGUUUUGGGGAUGAUAGUAUCAUUAUUCGGGCCACUUACUUCAAUCUUGUGUAUGGUAAAUGAAGGCUUUGUCCAUUGAGCAAUCAAUUCAUCAAGCCUGAAUUUGGGAUUGUAUGAAACAAUUUUAUCGAAAAAUUCAAGUUCCUUGGGACUACUUUCAUUGAUAUUAUCAUAGAAAUUAGGGAUAAGAAUUUCAUUCGUCACUGGGUCACUCAACGUAUUCAAUACCUGGACUAGGUCCAUUGUGGGUUCCUUGCAAACACCACCAUGGACACCUGAAUGUCGAUCUGGAUGAUCACUCUCCACUUGAAUAGAGCAGUUUAUAACACCUCUUAAGCCGUAAUUUAAGCAUGGUCUCUCAUCAUCUAGCCAAUAAGAGUUAGACAAUAAAAUCCAAUCGAUAUCACCGAUUAAAUCCAAGUU